CGUUAGCGACCAUUUGGAAAAUGUAUAAUUGGGAUAUUCGAGUGACCAUUGGUACUGUUAUUAUUAAAUAUAUCCAUAUAUCCAUUGUACGGGGAUGACGUUUUCAUAUGUUAAACAGGUGUUUAUAUAUACAAGUACAUAUCUAUAAUAAAUAUGUACAUUUAUUCAUGUACAUAGUUUCGUGAUUAUAGUCGAUUUGACUUUACACGGUCCGUAUACAGGGUGUCUCGGAACUAAAUGCAAAAAUUUAAAGGGGUAAUAAAAAAGACUGAGCCGACUAAAUUCACACGUAAGAACAUUAUGUGGUCUCCCAAGCACCGUUCUUAAAAAAAAUUGCGCUUCGAGACAAUCCACGAUAUUCAGGGAAGCACUGCACAGCUUGUCGCUAUCGGCAAUGUUACGUUUGCAGUAAAAAUCAAUGUGAAAAAUGUUCCCAUUCGAAAUUCUCCGAUUCGUGCGAGCGUCGUAAUUCGCAUCGAGCAGCGGCGGCGGCGGAGUUCCGUGCGAUUUCGCCUGGAGACGCAACUUUUGCCCGUCGUAUUUCGGCGACCACAUCCCCUCCCGUCACCCCUUCGAAGUUCGCCGCGUAGUUCCGAGACACCCUGUAUAAUUACGUGUACCUCUCCAUAAAUAACCGUGUAUUAUGUAUGCGAUAUUCGUCGUUAGGCAUCUAGUCUCUUCUAGUUUCAUCGUCGAAACCUAUUCCGGCAGAACUUACCGCCGGCCGCCCUCCACCCCCGUCCGCGUCGAGCAGAGCCACGGCGAGGGGUUCGGCAUUUACUUCCCCACCCGCGCCGUUUCUACAUUUUAACCGUGCACGCGGUGACUUCCCUUCGACGAUGUGCCUUUAUAUUCAUAGUGGUGACUUUUUUUUAGCCGUCAACUGGAUAUCGAGAGAGGAUAAAAAUUUUUUAGUCGAUUAAAAGUGACGGCGGGAGCAGCAUGGUCGAGUUACACGAGUUCGUUCUCCUCAGCUUCUGCUUCAGCUAUCCUCCGGUGAGGACGAGACUCGAGAUGUUGAUGGGAAGCAACGUGGUUCGAUUAACGGAUAGAAGAUACAUGCAGAAAUUGAUAACAAGGAUAAGACAGGAUUACGAAGCGUCGCAGCAGGAGCGAGUGGGAAAACGAGUGACGAAGGAACUGAUGCGGACGAAAAAGAUGAUUUUGGAAAGAUUGAUACCGGUGCAAGAGGCGCCGGACGAACUUAGAAAAUAUCCGUUAUUUCAACUCUAUCUCUACUGCGAUGCGAUAAUUGAAGAAAAGCAGAGAAAGAGAAUGCCGAAAAAAGUCCGCGUCACCGAUUCACUUUAUCAACUUCUUUACCCAGAAAAUAAGGGAAAUGAAGCGGAGGAAGAUAAUGCGAAUGACGAAAUUUACAUGAAGACGGUCGUAGUUAACGGUGCUCAGAAAUUGAUUCCGAUGACCGCGAACGAAAUAGCAGCUAUAAUGAGCGAACAGGAAAGUGCGAAGGAUAUUGAAAACGGUUACCUUUUGAGCCAAGAGGACUACGACAGACUCUACUUUGAAACGGACGCAAUCAAAGAGCUCAGGGAGAUGCAAAGCGUCGAAGAAAUGUAUACGAAAGCUCACGAGAUCGUUGGAAUACUUUACUCCUACGCCGACGAAGGUCGAUACCAAAAAGCUGCGCUCGAAAAACAACGAAUGGAAGCUGAAAAUAUCGAGGCAACGGACACCCCAGCGCCUGAUUUGUCUUCUUCAUCCGCCGCGUUGAGUCCUAAAAGCGGAGAAUGACUAGAAGAAACGGAAAAAUUGAUUACAAAUGCCGAUAAAACAACAGCUGCUUGAAAUUUACUUCGUUAUUACUGCCGCGAACGAAUGGGUGUAUAUAGAUUUCAAUCGGAGACGCUAUAUAAAUAGGUAUAUACUUAUAUAUAUAUAUAUACACGUAAUUGCGUCGCGGCUGAAUCAGGUGCGGAAGAAAAUGAAACACGGAAUAAUUACCGUCGUGAAUGAUACGUAAAGUCGCUACUCAAAUUCGCACUCUUUACAACCCUGGCUGAUACGGGAAUAAGAGAAUGCGAUUCAAUAUCCUUCAAGUUAUACGAAGGUUUAAACGAAGGAAAUGUAUUAUAGGCGCGGGGGCGGCGAGUGUAAUUCUUCCUUUAUUAAAAAAAAAUUCACUCUCAACGCGCGUCGUUAGAAAAUUUUGUUUCCCUUCCAAACGGUUACAACGACGUGUUUUUUCAGUGCGAUAGGAAUUACAAAUAAAUAGCGUGUCUUUGAAGGGCCACUCGUUGUGUAAUAAAUGAAAUGUCCUCCUGUCCUACGUGUAUUGGAUAUAAGAGAAAAAAAUGUAUGAAAAUAUAUAUCGUGUUUGUAAAAACAAUCAACCGCCUGGUCGCCAUUAACUUGUCGUUAUAAUUUGCAUGAGUAUAAUUAAAUGCCGGUAGCCCUGAAGUGUUGGCCAUUCGUUCAUAUAUUUUACGCACAGGUUAAUAACAAAAUGUAAUGGAAACUCCGUAUAAAAAUCUCGCAACAAUGGUCCACAUGAAAACUAACAGAGAAGGUAUAAAAUUCAAAAUUUGUAAAAUCUGAGCAGGUAGGAUGCAUGAAUUUUGAUUCGAGUUUUUCUGAUUAAAAAUGAAUUUGAUUUAUUUUGAUACCUACCCUUUUCUUCGAAGAAUGUUUCCGUGAGAUUGGAAGCAUGAUUUUGGCGAGAGCAUUUUUCGCUUUCGCAAAUAACCCGAUCAAGUUGCACAGCUUCGCCGAUACGAAACGACGAUUUAUAUUAUCCGUAAUUGAUAUGAAAUUUGAAAGUUGGUCAUCACUUUUCACCCACGACGAUUGAAAUGAUAGCUGGUAAAUAUAUUUGGGAAUUUCACACACCGUCAAAUAACAUAAUUAGCAAGCCAGAGAAUACGUUUCUACGGAUCGUUGAAUCGCAGCUGGGGCAAAACUGCAUAUCUGGUGCAUGUGUCGCUGUAAUCAUGAAAUUCGGUAUUAAAUACGGUCAAUUAUCGUGUCUCGUAAAUUACAUAGUAUGUUACGUAAACAUAUUUUCUAUGUUUCUAGGUAUCGUUUCGUAUUCGUUAGCGCGAAGCGAUGAACUAAAAACAACGAUAAAUUAAGCGUACAAAUAAACCGGUAUCACAUCGAUACCAUCCAAUAAUGCUUUUUUCGUGUUGUUCCAAAUUUGAAUUGAAAAUCUAUUCCGUCAGGAGAGAAACUUUCCGCCCUUCGGAAGAUAUAUACAUUACAAACUGGCGGCAAACAAGUUCCAUGAAAGUAAAAAGUAUCGAGUGUUGAUCGUGGAAAAAAAAGAAAAAGUAAAAGAUAUACGUACAACGGAAACCGACGGAAGGCUUUUUCUUCUUCAGAUGAGAGAGUAACAAAAAUAGAAAAAUGAAAUAGCGGGAAAUCUCCAGCGCAAAGAAACGCACAUCGACUGCUAUAUUGAUGUACGGCACUCGAAAUAUUGCCAUUCGUACAGCUUUUCAAUUGUUACUAGAUUUUAAUGAAAAAAUGAAUGAACGAUUCGGAUGUCGACAAUUUUGUUCCAUUGCUGUAUCAAUUGUGCUGCAACUGCUCGGUUUGCGUUGUUUUAAAAAAAAAAAAAAACAAAUAGCUUGCGGGCGUUCUUGUUGAAAAUUUUGUCAAUUGCCAAAUCGUUUUCUAGAAUAACUAAUUAAUAAACGCUGAUCAAUAUUUCUCGCGUUUGAUCUUUAGGCGGUAAAUUCACUUUUUCAUUUU